AUGGGAGUUCCUGGUCUUUGGGAUAUACUUUUCGAGCUGGGCAGGUCCCGCUCUCUUGUAAAUCUGUCGGUACAGGAAGGUUUCGAAGGCAACAGAUCAGGAAGGCGUGCGUACCGCAUCGGUGUCGACGCGAGUUUGUGGUACGCACAUGCCGCGUUCGCUAAAGGCGGAGAGAAUCCGGAAUUGCGCCUCCUGUUCUUCCGGUGUCUUCAGCUUGCGAGACUGGCCGUCGUGCCAUAUUUUGUAUUUGAUGGUCGUGAACGACCUCCGAUCAAACGAGGCAGCAAAAAGGGCAAAGCGGGCUCGCACGCCCUAACGCCGGGCUUCAAGAAGCUCUUGGAGUGUUUUGGUUGGACAUGGAGAGAGGCUCCAGGAGAGGCCGAAGCUGAAUUGGCGUAUCUCAACCGCGAAGGCAUCAUUGAUGCGGUCUUGACGGACGAUGGAGAUGCGCUGAUCUUUGGCGCUACGAUGGUCAUACGCAACCAGAGCAACAAUUUGACCGGGAACAAAUCCAAGCCUGCGCUUGAUUCGAACAAGAAAGCAAGCAAAGACCACGUCAUGAUCUUCACGGAAAGCGCUCUUAUGGAAGGUGGACUUGAUCGGGCUGGUCUCAUUCUCGUUGCUAUGUUAUGCGGAGGUGACUACGUUCAGGAGGGUAUCAAGGGCUUCGGUAGAGUCACGGCCGCGGCUUUAGCACGCGCGGGCUUUGGUCAGGGACUAUUGAAUAUCUAUGCUCUACGUGGCGAACCGGAAUAUGCUCGUCUGAUGGCGCAAUGGCGCUCCGAGGUCCACAACGAGCUUCGUACCAACUCGCAAGGCUUUCUCAAGCACAAGCACCCUUCCCUGGAGCUUCCGGCUACUUUCCCUGAUCUCAAGAUCCUUGGCUACUACUUUGAGCCCAAGACAAGCCGGGGACAAAAUCCGCCGCAGAUUCGCGAUUCCGAGAGUCUUUGUUUGCCGCGACUAGCGGCCUUUUGCGAGAAACAUUUCGGCGAAUGGGGGUACGAGGGGCUUAUCAUCAAGCGAUUUCGCACUCUAGUCUGGGAAUCGACUCUCCAGCAACUGCUGCGCCGUGCUGCCCUCCAGGUUGACGAACGAGAAAGGCAAAGUCGCCAUCGCAACGGUGAUUACGGCCGCGACAUCCAAGGAGUGCUCCGCCCUGCUGCCGUCGACGCACACGGCUUAUCUGAGUCUUUCAUCACUCGCCUCGUGGGCCGGCGAGAGGAAGUCGGUAUCAGCGAUGCAUUUGUCAACCGACCUACGUCCAGUGCAAACCUUCGGCCCGACGAGGAUAAUAAUGUCUUGGAGAUGAAAGUCGUCGGAAAUACUCGCAAGCACGCGUCGACCGACGGUCUCCUAGAGUAUCGGGUGGAGUUCACGCCGUCGCUUUUCGUUGAGCUGACCAGGCAGGGAAUCUCUGGCAAGCGAGGCGACCCUCCGCCGCCUUCUGGAGCUGAACCCGACCCCUGGGAUAUUGACUUCGGCCCCGAAGCCUCUCGUCUCAGAGCUCCAAAAGAGUCGUCAAAGCCGCCUCCACCACCAGAAAGCUCCAUGCGCGUUUGGGUCUGUGCCGCUAUGCUGGAACAAGUCUUUCCCAAUCUACUGGAAGAGGCGGCUGCCAAGCAGUCGGGGAAGAAGAAGGCCUCCAGCGCGAGUCAACGCGCCCGACAGGGCGAUAGUGACCAUCUCGAAGGAGUCUCUUCCGAUGUCGAGGCACUAGGAGACCCGUAUCCACCCCCCGUGCAGCAUACUACGUUCCGAGCCUCUCAACCAAUUCGUCGUACAGAGUCACAGCCGGUCGCUGGCCCUUCACGAAUCCCCGACCAUCAAGCUGCCACCGCUCUGGCGCGCUCUCCUCUACAGCCGACGCAACCUCGCGAACGUACUACUGCUUCUCUCGAAUCUCAUGCUAAGAUCGGCUUCAAGUUCACCUUCCCUUACACCGAUGAUCCCAAUAGAAUGCUCCUAGAGGACGGACUGGACAUGCCCUUGGCUUCUUCGGCGCGUCGGCCUCGCACGCAGGUCCCGUCGGCCCUUGCUGGUCCCGAAGCGGCUUCUUUUUCGCAACCUUUCCCUCGUGCCUCUCCGCCGCGCGUCGGCGCGCCAGUGCGCCGUAGUGCGUCAGAGGCCUCUCGCCCUUCAGCCUACAGGAGCGCAGGUUCACGGCCCAUCAAUCGCGACAACUACAUCGGCUUUGACGUUUCUAACAUGUUUGGGGGUGGUGACACUGAUGAAGAGGGUGGAGAUGAGACGGAACCAGACGUCAUCCGGAAUGCGAGUGCUGCGACGAAUAAUCGCAUGGAUCACAUCUUCGACGCCGUAUUCAAGCCGCGUGGCAAGGAAAAGGGGAAAGCCACAGCGAAGCGCGUAGCUUCAGCACCAACUGCCUCUCAGUCCCGUCCGGUCAAGAAGCGCAAGACGGCACAGUCAGCCCCGCGAAUGGACGUCGACUGGCCACCGCUUGCGCCGCCCCCGCCACGCCGUGUUUCGCCCCCGCCUGUCCAGGCCACCUACCGCAAUUCCGGACUCGUGCGUCAGAACUCUAUUGCUAGUAGUUCUCGAGCCUCAAGCGAUGUCAUCGAGAUCGACUCGGACUCGGACAAUGAUUCGGAUAAUAUGUUCCCUACUAGGCUCUCCUCGCCUCCGAGUACUCGCUUCGACUCGGACGAAGAGAGUAUAAUCGAUCUCACAUGA